UUCAUUUCAACUCUGUCUAUAUAUAUAUAUCUCAUUAUCCUAAAACACAGAAACAGAAUUCAAAUCAUGGAGAAGCACCAGUUUCUCAAGUUGCUUGCCUUCACAUCUCUAGCAUUAUCCUCUCUUCAUUACGGGCUGGGUGCAAAGUGUGGAAGCAAUGGUCCAACGAUUCAGCAGACUCAAGUGGGCUAUGGCAAUCCUCCAAAAUAUAUAGUGGAAGUUUACAACAGAUGCCCUAUGUGCCCAGUUAUCAACAUUCACUUGAAAUGUGGAAGUUUUCCUCAAGCUCUUGUUAGUCCAAGGCUUCUUAAAGUAGUAGCUUUUGAUGACUGUGUUGUAAAUGGAGGGUUGCCUUUGGCUCCUCUUCAGAAAUUUUCCUUCAGUUACUCUCAUUCCAAGUAUUUGAUGCCUCUAGCUACAUGGUCCUUCCAGUGCGAGUGAAAUUAAUUGACAGUAAUUCUCUUCAUGGUUUUUCAUUCACACUUUAUCGAGAUGGACAUUGAUCAUAAUUAAGGAGUCGUUUACAUGUUAGAUUCUUCCCUAUGUAAAAGGAAGUUGUCGUUCUUAUGACUAUUGAAAAUAAACACAAUUAUUGUGUAGGAGGUUAUCCUGAUU